AUGGCUUCGCGAUCGCCAUCUCGCGGCCGUUACAGGUCGCGCACGCGCUCACCUGCUGCACGCUCUGAACGUUCUCGUUCACCCCAGCGCCGCCAUCAUCACGACUCGCGGUCACCUGCCCGCUCCACAUCACCUCAGCGUCGUAAUGGCCGUUACAGAUCUCGCAGCCGCACUCGGAGCCGUAGCAACAGUCGGAGUCGAAGCCGCAGUCGUAGCUGGAGCCGCGGGGCCCGCGAUCGCAACGACAGAGAUAGGAGUGCUUCCCCAGCCGCUAAGAGCACAAAGAUUGUAGUAGAGCGACUCUCCAAAAACAUUAACGAGCAACAUCUUUAUGAGAUCUUUGGGCAGUUUGGGCGCAUCAAGGAUCUUGAUCUUCCCAUAAACAGGACCUUUGGAACAAACCGUGGCACGGCAUACAUACUUUACGACUACGAGGACGAUGCCGAGGCCGCGAUAGCCCACAUGCAUGAAGCUCAGGUGGAUGGAUCCGCGAUCAAUGUGUCCAUAGUGCUUCCACGUCGCAAGCUUUCUCCUGCGCCUCCAACAGCUCGGCGCGGAGCCAACAUUGAUCCCAGAGUGCCGUUUGCGGGAGCACGUGGGGGUCCCCCUGGUGCAGGCAUCGGAGGAAAUAACGGCAUGGGUGGUGGUGGUGGAGGUCGCCGUCGAGCAUCUCCAGGGAAUCGUCGGCUGGCCCCCCUCCUUCCUGUGGUGGUGGUGGAAGCCGAUACCGCAGUCGAUCCAACAACUCCUCUUCAUCUAGAUCACGCUCGAGAUCUCCAGGUCCCCGGCGAAAAGCAGUCGGCCGCCACGAUGAUCACGAGACAAGACGACGCGGGAGCGUUGAUAGUCGCGAAGGUCGAAGUCGAUCUCGAGGACGCGGUCCUAAAUGAUUCAAAAGCUCUUCAGGUGUAA